CGCGGUACAGGAUGGGAGCUGUAGUUCUGCCGGGGGCGGUGCCGCACCGGAGCCGCCAUGCCGGAGGGGACGGGAGCGCUCCGCGAGGUGCUGCCCAAGCAAGGACAGCUGUCGGUGGAGGACACGGCCGCCAUGGUGCUGUGCAAGCCCAAGAUCCUGCCCCUCAAGUCGGUGUCGCUGGAGAAGCUGGAGAAGCUGCAGCGGGCGGCGCUGGAGGCGGCCCAGCUGCCCGAGGGGGCUCCGCCGCCGUCCGCGGGGACCGCGCCACCCCGGCAGUAGCGCGGGGAGGGCCGUGCCCGGCAGCGCCCGCCAUCGGAGGUACCGCUGAUGAACGGGGCUGCGGGUGAAAGCGUGGCCUGAACGCGGGCGGUGGUGCCGGGCUGGGCGGGGAGGCCGCGCGUCGGGCAAUGUCGGUGUAGAAGUUGCGCUGGUCGCUGCCCAGGCGAURUUUUAAACGCGUCUUUAGAGGUACCAGAACCCCUCGGACCGCGGGAGGAGGCGAGUUACACAACCCCACUGCUCUAAACCGGGCUUACUAGACCCCUCCGAGCGCUGCAGCGCUUGGCUCCUCGAGCACAGCUGGAACGGGUAUUCCCAGCAUUUCGGAACACCUGAAAUCUUGACGUGAAACUGGAAAACAAGGAGAGGCUUUACCCCGUUCACGUAAGCGAGUCUUCCUUAGAYACGUCUUGUUCUCGAGCAAGGGUUUGGCAAAGCUGUGCUGCAGAGACACGUUCACAUUAUCCGUGCCAGCCCGGACGCUCCUACGCAAGUCACUUGUGUUUUCCAAAACAGAUCUAGUAAAUACUUACCGUAAGUUUAACUGCUCAGUGCUCUCMUGAUUGCAAUACCAAAGGGCAGCAUUAGAUGUAUCACUCAAUUUGUUCUGUUUAAAAUAAAUAAAAGGCAGAAACAAGAGCUUCACAAAAAAUAUUUUUAAUAUGUUUUACCAGAACUUUUCACUUUUCCAGUUACAUAGAAAAAAAAAAAGACAAGUUUGGUACAUGGGGACUGAAACCAACCAGUGUUCUCCCCUAAAACAGAUGAAUUCCUCUUGUGACCCAACUGUAUUUUCUUGGGCUCUUUAAAACAAAGAAACUGCUAUUUUUUUUCCUCCCAAAGCACAGUAUUUCUUCAGCAGCAAUGGAAAUGGGAUCACAGCAGCUUAACUUGACCCUUCUAUAAUAAAGCUUUGUAUAAACCAGUGAUUUUAUGAUGACAGCACUGUCCUGGAAAGAGCGAGCGGCAGUCAGACAUCGAUGCACACAUGGAAUGAUUAGGUCAGAAACAUGGCACAUACAGAGAUAGCUUAUUUGAAGGCACCACCACAGCAGAGUGGCCAGUUGUUCUACUAUAUGCCCAAAGAAAGAACACUUCUUCCUGAAAUUUACAAAACUAUUAAAAAAAAAAAAACAAACAAAAAACAA